UCCUCUGACGUGUCUCUGGUGUGUUUACAGGACAGCGUUGAGCACUGCAUCAUCGGGGUCACCAUCUUGUCCCAGCUGACCAACGAGAUCAAUCAGGCCGACACGACGCAUCCUCUGACCAAACACAGGAAGAUCGCCUCGUCCUUCAGAGACUCGUCCCUCUUUGACAUCUUCACUCUGUCCUGCAACCUCCUCAAACAGGCGUCGGGGAAGAACCUGAACCUGAACGAUGAGUCUCAGCACGGCCUGCUCAUGCAGCUGCUCAAACUCAGCUACAACUGUCUCAACUACGACUUCAUAGGGACUUCCACAGACGAGUCGUCGGACGACCUCUGCACCGUACAGAUCCCCACCUCGUGGAGAUCAGCGUUUCUUGAUUCCUCCACCCUGCAGCUCUUUUUCAAUUUAUAUCAUUCCAUCCCUCCGUCCCUUUCCCCCUUGGUGUUGUCAUGUCUAGUUCAGAUCGCCUCUGUCCGGAGGUCUCUCUUCAACAAUGCAGAACGGGCAAAGUUUCUUUCACAUCUGGUGGACGGAGUGAAGAGGAUAUUAGCGAACCCACAGUGUUUGCCCGAUCCCAAUAACUACCACGAGUUCUGUCGUCUGCUGGCGAGGCUGAAGAGUAACUACCAGCUCGGGGAGCUGGUCAAAGUAGAAAACUAUCCCGAAGUUAUUCGCCUCAUCGCCAACUUCACGGUCACCAGUCUGCAGCACUGGGAGUUUGCCCCCAACAGUGUUCACUACCUGCUGAGUCUGUGGCAGCGUCUGGCCGCGUCGGUGCCCUACGUCAAAGCCACCGAGCCUCACCUGCUGGAGACGUACACGCCAGAGGUCACCAAGGCCUACAUCACAUCACGGCUGGAGUCGGUCCACGUCAUCCUCAGAGAUGGUUUAGAAGACCCUCUGGACGACGCCGGCCUGGUGCAGCAGCAGUUAGACCAGCUGUCCACCAUUGGGAGGUGCGAGUACGAGAAGACGUGCGCUCUGCUGGUCCAGCUGUUCGACCAGGCGGCUCAGACUUACCAGGAGCUGCUACAGUCCACCAACUCGAGCGCUGCAGACAUCACUGUGCAGGAGGGUCGGUUGACAUGGUUGGUUUAUAUAAUCGGGGCAGUAAUCGGGGGACGGGUGUCAUUUGCAAGUACAGAUGAGCAGGACGCCAUGGACGGAGAAUUAGUCUGUCGGGUGCUCCAGCUAAUGAAUCUGACCGACUCUCGGCUCGCUCAGGCCGGUAACGAGCGACUGGAGCUGGCCAUGCUCAGCUUCUUCGAGCAGUUCAGGAAGAUCUACAUCGGUGACCAGGUGCAGAAAUCAUCAAAGCUUUAUAGACGACUAUCAGAAGUUCUGGGGCUGAACGACGAGACGAUGGUGCUCAGUGUCUUUAUUGGGAAAAUCAUCACAAACUUGAAGUACUGGGGCCAGUGUGAACCAAUCACCUCCAAGACACUCCAACUACUGAACGACCUCUCUUUAGGGUACAGCAGUGUGAGGAAGCUGGUGAAGCUCAGCGCGGUCCAGUUCAUGUUGAACAACCACACGAGCGAGCACUUCUCCUUCCUGGGAGUCAACAACCAGUCCAAUCUUAGCGACAUGAGGUGUCGGACCACUUUCUACACGGCACUGGGACGCCUGCUAAUGGUCGACCUGGGUGAGGACGAGGACCAGUUUGAACAGUUCAUGUUGCCUCUGACCGCUGCGUUUGAAACUGUGGCUCAGAUGUUGAGUACAAACACCUUCAACGAACAGGAGGCCAAGCGGACUCUGGUGGGUUUGGUUAGAGACCUGCGAGGCAUCGCGUUCGCCUUCAACGCCAAGACGAGCUUCAUGAUGCUCUUUGACUGGAUAUAUCCAGCGUACAUGCCCAUCCUGCAGAGAGCCAUCGAGCUGUGGUACCACGACCCAGCAUGCACCACGCCGGUCCUCAAACUCAUGGCGGAGCUCGUUCACAACAGAUCCCAAAGGCUACAGUUUGACGUGUCUUCGCCCAACGGCAUCCUGCUGUUCAGAGAGACCAGCAAGAUGAUCACAACCUACGGGAAUCGUAUCCUGACGCUGGGGGAGGUCCCGAAGGACCAGGUGUACGGCGUGAAGCUGAAGGGCGUCAGCGUGUGUUUCGCCAUGCUGAAGGCGGUGCUCAGCGGGAACUACGUCAACUUCGGGGUCUUCCGUCUGUACGGCGACGACGCUCUGGACAACGCCUUACAGACCUUCAUCAAACUGCUGCUGUCCAUCCCCCACAGUGACCUGCUGGAUUACCCGAAGCUCAGCCAGUCCUUCUACUCUCUGCUGGAGGUGCUGACUCAGGACCACAUGAACUUCAUCGCCAGUCUGGAGCCGCACGUCGUCAUGUACAUCCUGUCGUCAAUAUCAGAAGGGCUCACCGCGCUCGAUACGAUGGUGUGCACGGGCUGCUGCUCCAGUCUGGACCACAUAGUGACGUACCUGUUCAAGCAGCUGUCUCGCUCCACGAAGAAGCGCCCGACUCCGAUGGCCACGGACGACCGCUUCCUCCACAUCAUGCAGCAGCACCCCGAGAUGAUCCAGCAGAUGUUGUCGACAGUGUUGAACAUCAUCAUCUUUGAGGACUGUAGGAACCAGUGGUCCAUGUCCCGACCGCUGUUAGGCCUCAUCCUGCUCAACGAGAAGUAUUUCGCUGACCUGAGGAACAGCAUCGUCAACAGUCAGCCUCCGGAGAAGCAGCAGGCCAUGCACUUAUGUUUCGAGAACUUGAUGGAGGGAAUAGAGAGAAAUCUACUAACAAAGAAUCGGGACAGGUUCACUCAGAACCUGUCGGUGUUCAGGCGGGAGGUGAACGACAGCAUGAAGAACUCGACGUACGGCGUCAACAGCAACGACAUGAUGAGCUGACAUUCCACUCAGACCAGUCUGACCAGUCUGACCAGUCUGACCAGUCUGACCCCCCCGCUGCAGACAGAGCUCACCC